AUGACCGUCGUCCCCGAACUUACACCCAAGCAGGUCGCCACGCCGUUUCCGAUCUCCCCAGACGUCCCGCAGGAUGCCUAUACCUACGAUUACAUCAUCUGUGGAGGUGGAACCGCAGGCUGCGUCCUCGCCUCGCGCCUGAGCGAGGACCCGGCCGUUUCCGUGCUGCUCAUCGAGCAGGGUCCUGUGGCCGACACCUGGACUUCUCGUGUUCCUCUUCUCUCCCUCAACGUCUUCGAAAACGACGUCAAGACGGCACGGUGGUGGUCUCAGCCCCUCACACACGCCGACAAUCGCUUUCUGCAGAUCAUCAGGGGUGAUGCGUUGGGAGGAACAUCACGGAUCAACGGCAUGCUGUACACUCGAGGCUCACCCGGAGACUACAACCAAUGGGCUCUCCUCGGCAAUGAAGGUUGGAGCUACGACGACCUCGAGCCGUACUUUGUCAAGUCCGAGACGACGCGCACCCACCCGCGCUCGCAGUACCGCGGCACGAGCGGUCCGUGGCAGAACCAGCAGUUCGAGGAUGCCCCGUACAAAAUCAACCCUCUCAUCGAGCACGCGAUCCAAAAGGCAGGAAUCCCCAAGGUCCGCGACGUGAACGAUCCGGCGACGCCCGCGGCGUGCUCCGCGACGAUGGACAUCUCACAGAAUGCGUCUUUCCACCGCCACUCGACCUACCUCGCGUUCCUGCCGCCUGCGCUCUGCCACACGCGCAAGGAGCGCCUCAAGGUGUGCACGAACGCCGUCGUGUGCAAGAUCGAGGUGGAGACGGAGAACGACGGGGGGCUGCGCGCGACGGGCGUCCAGUUCGAGACGGCGGACGCGAGGCAAGCGGACCGGCGGUACGUGGCGCGGGCGAGGCGCGAGGUCAUCGUGUGCGGAGGCGCGCUGGGGUCGCCGCAGAUGUUGAUGCUGAGCGGUGGGCUCGUACCUCGUACGUGCCCCGUCUCUUGUGCGAGGCUUUCGCUGACAAACCCGCAGUCGGACCACAGCGCGGUGCCCGUUGCCUGGGAGGUCCCGCUCUCCGAAACGUCUCCACCUUCCUCCCAACGCGCCUCCUCUCCGCCUCCUCGGGCUACACCACCUCGCCGCACGCACGCCUCGGACCUCGACGCGGCCGUGCCCGCGAACCGGCCGGACAUCGAGUUCAUGCACCUCGCGAACAACGCGAGCGACGUCGAGACCCCGCCCGGCACCGGGAUCUACACCCUCCUCGCGACGCUCAUCCGGCCGUCCUCGACGGGCUCCGUGCGGCUCGCGACCGCGAACCCGCGCGAGCGCCCCGCGGUGGACUCGGCUUCCUCUCCGACCCGCGACUACGUUCCCCUGCGGAAGGCGAUCCGGUUCGCUCUAGGGGUGGGCCGCGACGUGCGCGCGCGCGGGUACUCGCUCCAGGACUACGCGGUGCCGCGCGGCGGGGAGGGCGCGUCAGACGCGGCGCUGGACGCGUUCGUACGCGCGAACGUGCGCACGUGCUUCCACUAUGCGGGGACGUGCCGCAUGGGCGCGCAGGCGGAGGGCGGUGGAGGGAAGGACCCGCGGCCGAGCGUGGUGGACGCGAGGUUGCGGGUUCAUGGGGUGCGCGGCCUGCGGGUCGCGGACACGAGUGUGUUCCCGGAGAUCAUCGGGAGCCACACGAUGGCGCCUGCGGUGGUCGUGGCGGAAAAGUGCGCGGAUAUGGUGAAGGAGAGCUGGCGGUGA